GGGGAGAGGGGGGGAGAGUGGAGAGGGGGAGAGAGCGCGCACGGGGAGAGAGACGAGAGAGACACGGGGAGAGUGAGGAAGGGACACUGCGAGACAUCAUGAAGCACCCGCAGAAGGCCGCUGCAGGUGCGAUCGGGGUCCCUGGAUCUUGAGUUCGCGAUGGAAUCAUCGUCAGUGGGCCACCGCGCCGGCAUCCAGCCUCCAUCCACUUGAUCCCCCUCGAUCCUGUCAAACCCCCUCCCCACCUCGUCCCCGACGCCGCCUUGAUCCCCGCGUCCAGCGGGGCCGCCCAGCGUGAGAUGAGACACGGGACGAAGCGAGAAGACACGCGGGGGGGAGACUCGGGGAGAGGCGACGCGGCUGGGCGUGGCCAGAGUGUCUCACGCACGGGAUGAGGACCCGUCACCACCACCAGCAGCAGCAGCAGCACCCGCCGUGUCAUCGUCGUCGUCGCCAUCGCCCCGUGUCCACGCUGUGGCCACGGUCAUCGCCAUCAUCACCGACAUCGUCGUCCUCGUCAUCAACCCAUCGCUGUCACUCUCUCCAGGUCUCUCUUUCAUUCCAUCUUUCAUCGUUGGCUCUUUAAUUUCCGCCUGGCUGGAGACGAAGAGGUGGAGCAGUAGGCGGAGGAGGAGGAGGUGGUGUGAUAAAAACGGGGAUUUGGCGGUGAGAGCGGUAAGGGCCCGAGAGUGAAGGAGGGAAUUCUGCGGCCUCGUUGAUUUAUUAUUUUUGUUGUUGCUGCUCCCAGAGUUCCACUGUUCGUAGACCGCACCGUGGACCCGGCCUCGCCUCCAUCCACCCACCGCUCAACCCUGCCUGCUCGUUGAAACGCGGUUCGUCAUCCCGGUCCCGAGUGCAGUCUUCCGCCGCUCCAACUCGUGGGUCAGGCAACUUCGUUCAGGCCCACGGAUACGCAGGCGGGCGGUCACGCGGACCCGGACGCAGAGAGGCGGAGAGGGGCCGAUUCACCAAAGUCCAUCGAGGCCACAGGAAGGAUUCAGGGUCACAGCGACCCGCCACCCAAACUCGCCCAGCAGACGGACGCAGAAGGGGAUGGACAGGCGGACUCACGCGUUCUGAUUAGAAUCCUAUUCAAGUGUUGUGCUUUUCACCGAUUUGACGUUGCUAUUUCACCCUUCAUUCAUAACCCACUCCCACCCUCAAAUCCACCCACCGCUCACCACCAGCCCCGCACGGAACUUGGGGGUGUGGACUGAUCCUCGGAGACCCGCAAUGGCCAACAGCUCCGUCGACUACAAAGCCAAGGGGGCGCGGGCCCCCCAACCGGGCCCCCUUGGCCAAGACGGCGGCGGCGGCGGCGGGGGCCGUGGCGCGGGGCGGGCUGGGGGUCCCGCGCCCCCCACCGCCGCUAUGGAGCAGGACGCCGAGGGGGGGUUCGGGGUGACCGUGCGCGAGCUGCGUGACCUCAUGGAGAUGCGGGGGGCCGAGGCGAUGGCCCACAUGGCCGAGAGAUACGGGGGCAGCGGAGCCGGGGGUGGAGCGGGGGACGCGGUCGCGGGGAUGUGUCGCCGGCUCCGGACCUCGCCCGUGGACGGCGUGUCGGGUGACGAGGAGGACCUGGCGCGGAGGCGUGCCGUCUUCGGGGAGAACCUCAUCCCGCCCAAGAAGCCCAAGUCGUUCCUGGCGCUCGUGUGGGAGGCGCUGCAGGACGUGACGCUCAUCAUCCUGGAGGUGGCGGCCCUCGUCUCGCUGGGACUUUCCUUCUACCAGCCGCCCGGCUCCGACAGCGACGCGUGCGGGCUCGCCGGGGGCGGCGCGGAGGACGAGGGGGAGGCGACGGCCGGCUGGAUCGAGGGAGCGGCCAUCCUCCUGUCGGUGGCGUGCGUGGUGCUCGUCACGGCGUUCAACGACUGGAGCAAGGAGCGACAGUUCCGCGGACUCCAGAAUCGCAUCGAGCAGGAGCAGAAGUUCUCGGUCAUCCGCGGCGGGCAGCUGCUCCAGCUCCCCGUGGCGGCCAUCGUGGUGGGCGACAUCGCCCAGGUCAAAUACGGUGACCUGCUGCCCGCGGACGGGGUGCUCAUCCAGAGCAACGAUCUCAAGGUGGACGAGAGCUCCCUAACCGGGGAGUCCGACCAGGUGCGCAAAGCCAUCGACAGGGACCCCAACCUUCUCUCAGGCACGCACGUGAUGGAGGGCUCGGGGAAGAUGGUGGUGACGGCCGUGGGCGUCAACUCCCAGACGGGCAUCAUCUUCACGCUGCUCGGGGCGGGCGACGUGGAGGAGGAGGAGCGGCGCGACAAGAAAGACGAGGAGGUCACUGAGAACCACCAGAGCAAAGCCAAGGCGCAGGAUGGGGUGGCGUCGGUGGAGAUGCAGCCGCUGCGAGUGGGGGACGGGGGCGAGGUGGGCGACGCGGGCGAGGGGGGCGAGGGGGGCGAGGGGGGCGACGCGGACGACGCCCGGGAGCGGAGGCCGGCGGCGCCGCCCAAGAAGGAGAAGUCGGUGCUGCAGGGGAAGCUCACCAAGCUCGCCGUGCAGAUCGGCAAGGCCGGUCUGGCGAUGUCGUCGGUGACGGUGGUGAUCCUGGUGCUCUACUUCGUGAUCGACACGUUCUGGGUGCAGGGCCGGCCCUGGCUGGCCGAGUGCACGCCGGUCUACGUGCAGUACUUCGUCAAGUUCUUCAUCAUCGGCGUCACCGUGCUCGUCGUGGCCGUGCCCGAGGGGCUGCCCCUCGCCGUCACCAUCGCCCUCGCCUACUCCGUCAAGAAAAUGAUGAAGGACAACAAUCUGGUGCGGCACCUGGACGCGUGCGAGACGAUGGGCAACGCCACGGCCAUCUGCUCCGACAAGACGGGCACGCUCACCACCAACCGCAUGACGGUGGUGCAGGCGUUUGUGGGCGGGGUUCUGCACCGCUCGGUGCCGGGCGUGGAGGCCCUGGCGCCGGCCACGCUGGACGCGCUCACCACCGGCAUCGCCGUCAACUGCGCUUACACCACCAAGAUCCUGGCCCCGGAGAAGCCCGGCGGGCUGCCGCGGCACGUGGGCAACAAGACGGAGUGCUCGCUGCUGGGGCUGGCGCUGGCGCUGGGGCGAGACGCGCAGGCGGUGCGGCGGAUCGUGCCGGAGGAGUCGCUCUUCAAGGUGUUCACCUUCAACUCGAGCCGCAAGUCCAUGAGCACCGUGCUGCGUGCCGAGCACGUGGCCGCCGCCGCCCCCGCCGCCGCCGCCGCCGCCGGACUCGUGGGGGGCGGCGUCGGUGCCGCGGCGCCGCCGAUCUCGGGCUUCCGCGUCUUCACCAAGGGCGCCUCCGAGAUCGUCCUGCGAAAGUGCUCGUGGGUCCUGAACGCGGCGGGGGAGGCGGCGCCGCUGCGAGCCCGCGAGCGCGACGCGCUCGUGCGCUCCGUGGUGGAGCCCAUGGCGAGCGAGGGCCUGCGCACCAUCUGCCUGGCGUUCCGCGACCUGCCCUCGGGCGGCGGCGGCGGCGCCGACCCCAACUGGGAGGACGAGGGCGCCAUCGUCGCUGACCUCACCUGCAUCGCCGUCGUCGGCAUCGAGGACCCCGUACGGCCGGAGGUGCCAGAUGCGAUCCGGAAGUGCCAGCGUGCGGGCAUCACGGUGCGCAUGGUGACGGGCGACAACAUCAGCACGGCGCGUGCCAUCGCCAGCAAGUGCGGCAUCCUGACGCCCGGGGAGGACUUCCUGUGCAUCGAGGGGAAGGAGUUCAACCGGCGAAUCCGCAACGAUAAGGGAGAGAUAGAGCAGGAGAGAAUCGACAAGAUCUGGCCCAAGCUUCGAGUGCUUGCUCGCUCCUCUCCCACAGACAAACACACGCUCGUCAAAGGGAUCAUCGACAGCACGGUGGGGCAGCGCCAGGUGGUGGCGGUGACGGGCGACGGCACCAACGACGGGCCCGCGCUCAAGAAGGCCGACGUCGGCUUCGCCAUGGGCAUCGCGGGCACAGACGUGGCCAAGGAGGCGUCGGACAUCAUCCUGACGGACGACAACUUCAGCUCCAUCGUGAAGGCGGUGAUGUGGGGCCGCAACGUCUACGACAGCAUCUCCAAGUUCCUGCAGUUCCAGCUCACGGUCAACGUGGUGGCCGUCAUCGUCGCCUUCACGGGGGCCUGCUUCACUCAGGACUCCCCGCUCAAGGCCGUGCAGAUGCUGUGGGUGAACCUCAUCAUGGACACGUUCGCGUCGCUGGCGCUCGCCACGGAGCCGCCCACCGAGGAGCUGCUGCUGCGCCGGCCGUACGGACGCAACAAGCCGCUCGUGUCGCUCACCAUGACCAAGAACAUCCUGGGCCACGCCAUCUACCAGCUCACCGUCAUCUUCACGCUGCUCUUCGCCGGUGAGCGGAUUUUCGACGUGGACAGCGGGCGCAACGCUCCGCUGCACGCGCCGCCCUCGGAGCACUACACCAUCAUCUUCAACGCCUUCGUCAUGAUGCAGCUCUUCAACGAGAUCAACGCGCGCAAGAUCCACGGGGAGCGCAACGUCUUCCACGGAGUCUUCCGCAACCCCAUUUUCUGCUCCAUCGUCUUCGGAACCUUCGUCGUGCAGGUGGUGAUCGUGCAGUUUGGGGGGAAGCCGUUCAGCUGUUCGGGCCUGAGCCCCGAGCACUGGCUGUGGUGCAUCUUCCUGGGCGCUGGCGAGCUACUGUGGGGCCAGCUGAUCUCGGCGGUGCCGACGGCACGACUGCGGUGCCUGCGGGACGCGGGGGGGGGCCGGGCCCCCCGCUCGCCCCCUCCGGACGAGGGCCCGGACGACGAGGAGGAGAUCGACCACGCCGAGAGGGAGAUGCGGCACGGGCAGAUCCUGUGGUUCCGCGGCCUGCACCGCAUCCAGACGCAGAUAAACUCGCUCAACACGUUCCUGACGGGCGGCGCGGCUCCGCGGCGCCCCUCGCUCAAGAAGCAGGGCUCUCUCUCCAGCGCACAGCCCGACGGAGUAACCCCCCCACCUCCCCACGCACGCACCCCCUCAAGUCCCUGCGCCGCGUCCAACGGAAUCCGCGUGGUGAACGCGUUCCGGAGCUCGCUGUACGAGGGGCUGGAGAAACCGGACUCGCGAACGUCCAUCCACAACUUCAUGUCGCAGCCCGACUUCACGGAGGGCGAGCACGCCACACCGCAGAUCCCACUCAUCGAUGACACGGACGCGGACGAGGACGAGGCGCCCACCAAGCGCAACGACGGGCUGCGGCCCGUCGCGGGUCUCGGCGGGCCGUCGCCCAACCGCAACAACAACCACAACCACCACGACCGCCACCAGCAGCUCAACCUGCAGCCGUACGGCCUCGAGCGCCGCGGCCUCGACAGCGGCAUCAGCUUCCUGAGCACGGAGGACGCCAGCAAAUCAGCCACCGCCUCCUCCAGCCCCGGCAGCCCCUUCCACAGCUUCGAAACUUCACUCUAGGGGAGGCCACCGCAGCCGCCGUGUUUCUACCACACCGAGUUCUCGGCGCCGCCGCCGCGGCCAAAUUUUUGUACGGCCGUCAUCUUGGUGCCGCCCCCUGACGCCGCCAUCUUGGGUGUUGCCGCCAUGCCGUUGCCGCCAUUGUUGGUGCUACUGCCAUUUCGGGGCCGCCAUUUUGUCGCGUACAUCUUGGGGUUUUCUGUCCCUUUUCGUCGAUCUGCUGCUGCUGCUGCCGCCGCCGUUGUCCUGGUUUCGUCACCGUUUUGUGGCUGCCAUAUUGGUGCUGCCAUCCUGGUUUUGCUACCCAUUUUUGGGGCCGCUAACUUGGUUCUGCCGCCGUAUUGGUUUUGACGUCGCCACCUCGGUGCCCGUUUUGCCGCUCGGCCUCUUGGGAGAACCAACCGCCAAAAAAGCGGCCGGAGGCAUCGUCGUCGCGUGCGAACAGCCUUUAACUUUUGUUUUAACCAAUGAGGUGUAUUGGGGGGGGGGGGGGGGGGAGUUCUUCUAAUUGUCAAACGGGAGAGUCUGACGGAAGAAAUGUGAACGGUAAAAUGGAAACCGAGAAUGUGGAUUCAUUAUUCAGGGUCUCAGUUAAAUCCUUCGUGAGAUGCACAAGGCCCGAAGCCUGCCAGGCAACACGGCGGAGUUGUGUGUGGGCCAAAGGACGAAAGGCCGAUGUUGGAUGGGGGGUGGGGGCUGCACUUUGUCCCACUUUUCCACGUAACCUCCCGACCUCACCAUGCUGAACUUCGCUCCCCUAGUUCAAGAAGCUCAUG